AUGGGUGCUGAUGGUUUUCCUUAUGGAGCUGUUACGCCCGAUAGCUUCGGAAUGCCAGAUCUCUUUGGUGUGGCACCCCGUGGAUUCCCCCAUAUGGUCCGAGGUGCUACAUCCGGCAUGAUGUUUCCUGGGCGGCCUUCCCAACCGGGGGCCGUGUUUCCAGCUGGUGGAUUUGGGAUGAUGAUGGGUCCAGGACGAGCCCCCUUUAUGGGGGGGAUGGGUCCCACUGCAUCAAAUCCACUUCGAGGCCCUCGGCCAAGUGGCGUGUUUGCACUGCCUCCUGCACCAUCCUCCCAGAACAACAGCCGGUCUAUUAAGAGAGAUCAGAGGGCAGCAGCUAAUGAUCGAAAUGAUAGAGACUGUGUAGAAACAGAUGUGGUCAUGGGUGCAGCUGGGGAAUCAAAUGAGGAGACAAAAUACCUGCUGGAAACAUUAAAGGCUUCCCAUGGAGAUCAGUUUGGUGGUGUAAAUAGCAUUAGAAAUGAUGAUAGUGAAAGCGAGGAUGAGGCACCAAGACGGUCAAGGCACGGGGAGGGAAAAAGCGGCGAGGUUCAGGAGAUGAUGCUACUCCUGGCUCCUAUCACUAACAGUAAGGCCAAGUGGAGGCUUUUGGAGGAUGAAAAGCACUUGAUGCAAAUUAUAGAGGACAAGGAAGGGGAAACUUUAGAUAUUUAUGUUAACUAUGUUGUAUAUAUGCUUGUAUUUGAUGUUAAAGAUGAAAAUAAUAUCGUUGAAGAGGAUUUUGAGUUUACUAAUGAGCUUGGUGGAGUUGAACAUGAACUCAUUGAUGAUAACUUAUUGCAUAAGUAG